AUGCUACGCAGCGCAUCUCGCUGGGUCCUAGGCAAAGGCCUCCCUUCUCUCGACAACGAAGAAAAGGGCUUCCCACCCGUCGACCACCACCACCAAACAUUCGACCCAGCCGCCAACGCAAGCCGGCCCCUCACCAUCAUCACGACCGACGAAAGCGCCCUCGUCCCCCCGCGGGACAAGCUCCUCGUCUUCCGCUCCCUCACCGGCAUCGACACCGUCCCCACGGUCUCCAACGCCGGCCACGCCACCCGCGCCGCCCCCAACCUAGGCAUAUACCCUCGCGUCGUCAAGGCCGAGGCCAAAGCAUCCCGCAGCUUCAACGUAUACAACAUCAUUGUCAAUUUCUGCCUCGGCACGCAAAUCAUCGUUGCGGCCGCGCUGACGGCCCUCGGCGCCGCCAACGGGUCCCGUGUGGCGGUCACGGCUUUUGGGGCCAUCAACACUAUUAUCGCUGGGUUUCUGACCUACCUCAAGGGGUCGGGCAUGCCGCAGCGCCUCAAGUAUAUACAGGAUGAGUUCAAGGCCGUGAGGGAGUUCAUCGAGCAGCGGGAGCGGGAGUUUUGUUUGGCGGAUUGUGCGUUGGAUCCGAUUGUGGAGGCUAGUAUCAUCAAUGAGAUGUAUCAGGAUGCGAAGCAGAAUUUGGAGGGGAAUAAUAAGACGCCCGGGGGGAAGCAGGGCGGUAGGCGUGAGCAUGGCAAGGAAUCGAGUACUAUUUCGUCGAUGCUGGGGCAGAGGUUGUCCAAGCUGUCUGAGUCGACGGGCUCGACUAGAGUGCCGGGACCGGGAUCGGGAUCGGAAAAGAUGUGA